GGCAGCGGCAGCAGCGACGGCAGCGGCAGAGGCGCAAGAGAGUUAACCCCGUGGCCGCGACUGUGAGGGGGGCAGCUAGGCAGCGGCUGCGGGAGGAGAAGAGGCGGCAGCCGGGGACCGACGGAGGGUGCAAGCUGUGGUGGCGGCGGCAGCGGCGGGCGGUGGGUUGCUAGGGAUGGAGGGCGCCCGUGUCACCCGGAUGUGAGUGUCAUGUUGGCCCCAACUCGAAGAGGUUCGCAGGCGACGGCGGCGGCGGCAGAGGGGAAGACCCAGCGGCGGCGGCGGUGGUGGUAGACCCAGCGAUCCCCAGCCUUCGCCUCUUGCCAGCCCGCACCACCAUCAUGAGGAGGACCGCCGGAUAGCGGAGUCAGGGAAAGGGGCUGGGGCGAAGAGACGGGGACCAUCCUCGCCCACCCGCUUCGGAACAGCAAAGGAAGGAGCGCGCCCGCGCCUCGGGGCUCCCCGGGAAAGUGACCAUGCUGCCCCAACAGCUGCUGCUGCAGCAGCAGCAGCAAUUCCCUGAAGAAGCAAGCUAUGCAAAUAGCACCAGAAUUCCUCUUCCUGGUGACAGCCCAGCACUCCAGCCGAACAAUUCAGCACCUACCAAGCAAACGGUGCUAUCUUGGCAAGCUGCAAUUGAUGCUGCUAGACAAGCUAAGGCUGCCCAAGGCAUGAGCACCACCCCAGCUCAACCUAUAGGAUCUCUGUCCCAAAGAAAGCGUCAGCAAUAUGCCAAGAGCAAAAAACAGGGUAAUACAUCUAAUAGUCGGCCAGCCCGUGCUCUUUUCUGUCUAUCCCUCAAUAACCCACUCCGAAGAGCCUGCAUUAGUAUAGUAGAAUGGAAACCGUUUGACAUAUUUAUAUUAUUGGCUAUUUUUGCCAAUUGUGUGGCCUUAGCUGUUUACAUCCCAUUUCCAGAAGAUGAUUCUAAUUCAACAAACCAUGAUUUGGAAAAAGUAGAAUAUGCCUUCUUGAUUAUUUUUACAAUUGAAACAUUUUUGAAGAUUGUAGCAUAUGGAUUAUUAUUACAUCCCAACGCAUAUGUUAGAAAUGGAUGGAAUUUACUGGAUUUUGUAAUAGUUAUAGUAGGAUUGUUUAGUGUAAUUUUGGAACAAUUAACCAAAGAAACAGAAGGGGGUAGCCAUUCCGGUGGCAAACCAGGUGGUUUUGAUGUAAAAGCUCUAAGGGCCUUUCGUGUCCUGAGACCUCUCCGGCUUGUAUCAGGAGUGCCCAGUUUACAAGUUGUCCUGAAUUCAAUUAUAAAAGCCAUGGUCCCCUUGCUCCAUAUUGCCCUUUUGGUAUUAUUUGUAAUCAUAAUCUAUGCUAUUAUAGGAUUGGAACUUUUUAUUGGAAAAAUGCACAAAUCAUGUUAUUUUGAAGAUUCAGAAAUAUUAGUUGAAGAGGAACCUGCACCUUGUGCAUUCUCAGGGAGUGGUCGUCAGUGUCCCCAAAAUGGCACUGAAUGUAAGGGCGGUUGGCCUGGACCAAAUGGAGGCAUAACAAACUUUGAUAAUUUUGGUUAUGCAAUGUUAACGGUAUUCCAGUGUAUAACCAUGGAAGGCUGGACAGAUGUGCUAUACUGGAUGAAUGAUGCUAUGGGAUUUGAAUUGCCAUGGGUGUAUUUUGUCAGUCUCGUCAUCUUUGGGUCAUUUUUCGUUCUAAAUCUUGUUCUCGGUGUAUUGAGCGGAGAAUUUUCCAAGGAAAGAGAAAAAGCCAAGGCUAGGGGAGAUUUUCAAAAGCUACGUGAAAAACAACAGCUAGAAGAAGACCUCAAAGGUUAUUUGGAUUGGAUUACUCAAGCAGAAGACAUUGACCCAGAGAAUGAAGAGGAAGGUGAUGGAGAAGGCAAACGAAAUACAAGCAUGCAAGCAAGUGAGACUGAAUCAGUGAAUACAGAAAAUGUGGCUGGUGAAGGAGAGACCACAUGCUGUGGAAAUUUGUGUCAAAUUAUCUCAAAAUCCAAGUUCAGCCGACGCUGGCGUCGAUGGAACCGUUUCAGUCGAAGACGAUGUAGAGCUGCUGUAAAAUCUGUUUCUUUUUAUUGGUUAGUCAUUCUCCUGGUCUUCCUAAACACAUUAACUAUUUCAUCUGAGCAUUAUAAUCAGCCUGACUGGCUAACAGAAAUACAAGAUAUUGCAAACAAAGUCCUUCUGGCUUUAUUCACCUGCGAAAUGUUAAUAAAAAUGUACAGUCUUGGGCUGCAGUCUUACUUUGUGUCCCUUUUUAAUCGUUUUGACUGCUUUGUGGUCUGUGGCGGCAUUGUUGAAACCAUCCUGGUAGAGCUGCAAAUUAUGUCCCCUCUCGGAAUUUCAGUGUUCCGCUGUGUCCGUCUACUCCGUAUUUUUAAAGUCACCAGGCACUGGACAUCCCUGAGCAACUUGGUAGCAUCCUUGUUAAACUCAAUGAAGUCCAUUGCUUCACUGUUGCUUCUGCUUUUCCUCUUCAUCAUAAUCUUCUCAUUGCUUGGAAUGCAGCUGUUUGGAGGCAAAUUUAAUUUUGAUGAAACUCAAACAAAACGGAGCACCUUCGAUAAUUUCCCACAAGCCCUUUUAACUGUAUUCCAGAUUCUAACAGGUGAGGAUUGGAAUGCUGUUAUGUAUGAUGGCAUUAUGGCAUAUGGAGGCCCAUCUUCAUCGGGAAUGGUAGUCUGUAUUUACUUCAUCAUCCUCUUCAUCUGUGGUAACUAUAUCCUGUUAAAUGUCUUCUUGGCUAUUGCGGUUGAUAACCUGGCAGAUGCUGAAAGUCUGAACACAGCUCAGAAAGAAGAAGCUGAAGAAAAGGAGAGAAAAAAGAGUGCCAGAAAAGAGAGUUUGGAUGCUAAAAAGGGGGACAAACCAGACGGUGAACCAAAGAAGGCCAAGGAUACUAAGGUUACAAUCAAUGAAUAUGGAGAAGAAGAAGACAAAGAUCCGUAUCCACCUUGUGAUAUCCCAGUAGGUGAAGAGGAAGAAGAGGAGGAAGAAGAAGAGCCAGAAGUACCUGCAGGUCCCCGACCCCGAAGAAUAUCUGAACUUAAUAUGAAGGAGAAGAUGACACCAAUUCCUGAAGGCAGCUCCUUCUUUAUUUUCAGCGCUACAAACCCGAUUCGAGUGGGUUGUCAUAGAUUAAUCAAUCACCAUAUUUUUACCAACCUCAUUCUUGUCUUCAUCAUGCUCAGCAGUGCUUCCCUUGCAGCUGAAGACCCUAUUCGCAGUCAUUCUUUUCGAAAUAAUAUACUUGGUUACUUUGACUAUGCUUUCACAGCCAUCUUUACUGUGGAAAUCCUUUUAAAGCUGACUGUGUUUGGAGCCUUCCUUCAUAAAGGGUCUUUCUGCAGGAAUUAUUUUAACUUGCUAGAUUUGUUGGUAGUAGGUGUUUCCCUUGUGUCAUUUGGCAUUCAAUCAAGUGCUAUAUCAGUUGUGAAGAUUCUGAGAGUUUUAAGAGUCUUAAGACCAUUAAGGGCUAUCAACAGAGCAAAAGGACUUAAGCAUGUUGUUCAAUGUGUCUUUGUUGCCAUUCGAACUAUUGGUAAUAUCAUGAUCGUUACAACUCUACUCCAGUUCAUGUUUGCAUGUAUUGGUGUCCAGCUCUUUAAGGGAAAAUUCUAUCGAUGCACAGAUGAAGCAAAGCAAAAUCCUGUGGACUGCCGGGGAAUAUUUAUUGUUUAUAAAGAUGGAGAUAUGGACAGUCCAAUGGUGAGAGAGAGACAAUGGCAGAACAGCGAUUUCAACUUUGAUAAUGUCCUUACUGCUAUGAUGGCUCUUUUUACUGUUUCUACUUUUGAGGGCUGGCCUGCGCUUCUUUAUAAAGCUAUAGAUUCAAAUGGAGAGAACGUAGGACCGGUCUACAAUUACAGAGUGGAAAUCUCUAUUUUUUUCAUCAUCUACAUCAUUAUUAUUGCUUUCUUCAUGAUGAACAUAUUUGUUGGCUUUGUCAUUGUCACAUUCCAAGAACAGGGAGAACAAGAAUACAAAAACUGUGAACUUGACAAAAAUCAGCGUCAGUGUGUAGAAUACGCUUUGAAAGCCCGGCCGCUGCGUCGAUACAUUCCAAAAAAUCCUUACCAGUACAAAUUCUGGUAUAUGGUGAACUCUGCUGUCUUUGAAUAUAUCAUGUUUGUCCUCAUCAUGCUCAACACCCUUUGCUUGGCUAUGCAGCACUAUGGACAGUCUAAACUUUUUAAUGAUGCAAUGGAUAUUCUGAAUAUGGUGUUUACUGCGGUGUUUACUGUUGAAAUGUUUCUGAAACUCAUUGCAUUUAAACCGAAGGGCUAUUUUAGUGAUGCCUGGAACUCGUUUGACUCCCUCGUCGUUCUUGGCAGCAUAGUAGACAUCGUUCUCAGUGAAGCCGAUCCAAAGCCAAGUGAAACUGUCACAACUGAUGAAUCUGGGAACAGUGAAGACAGUGCUAGAAUCUCCAUCACAUUUUUCCGUCUUUUCCGAGUUAUGCGAUUAGUGAAGCUUCUCAGCAGGGGAGAAGGAAUCCGAACUUUAUUGUGGACAUUUAUUAAGUCAUUUCAGGCUCUGCCAUAUGUUGCCCUUCUGAUAGCUAUGUUGUUUUUCAUCUAUGCAGUUAUUGGAAUGCAGGUAUUUGGCAAAGUUGCUCUGAAAGAUGGCAAUCAAAUUAACAGGAACAACAACUUUCAAACCUUCCCCCAAGCGGUGCUUCUUCUUUUCCGGUGUGCUACAGGAGAGGCUUGGCAAGACAUCAUGCUAGCUUGCAUGCCAGGAAAACGUUGUGAUCCAGAGUCUGAUUAUAACCCUGGAGAAGAAUACACAUGUGGGAGCAAUUUUGCUAUUAUUUAUUUCAUCAGUUUCUAUAUGUUAUGUGCUUUUUUGAUUAUCAAUCUUUUUGUGGCUGUUAUCAUGGACAACUUCGAUUAUCUGACACGUGAUUGGUCUAUCCUUGGGCCACAUCAUCUGGAUGAAUUUAAAAGAAUAUGGUCAGAAUAUGAUCCUGAAGCAAAAGGGAGAAUAAAACACCUUGAUGUUGUUACUUUAUUGCGACGCAUCCAGCCUCCCCUUGGUUUUGGGAAGUUAUGUCCUCACAGAGUAGCCUGCAAGAGGUUGGUAGCCAUGAACAUGCCCCUAAACAGUGAUGGAACAGUUAUGUUUAAUGCUACUCUAUUUGCUUUAGUAAGAACAGCCUUGAAGAUCAAAACUGAAGGAAAUUUAGAGCAAGCAAAUGAAGAACUCAGGGCCGUCAUAAAGAAAAUCUGGAAGAAAACCAGUAUGAAGCUCCUGGACCAAGUUGUUCCUCCUGCUGGUGAUGAUGAGGUAACCGUGGGGAAGUUCUAUGCCACCUUUCUGAUACAGGACUACUUUAGGAAAUUCAAGAAACGGAAAGAACAAGGACUGGUGGGAAAAUACCCUGCAAAGAACACCACCGUUGCAUUACAGGCUGGGCUUAGAACACUUCAUGAUAUUGGACCUGAAAUUCGUCGAGCUAUCUCCUGUGAUUUGCAAGAGGAUGAACCAGAACAAAAUCAUCAUGAGGAGGAAGAAGUAUAUAAAAGAAAUGGUGCCCUGUUUGGAAACCAUAUCAAUCAUGUUAGCACUGAUACAAGGGAUUCAUUUCAACAGAUCAAUACUACCCAUCGCCCCCUUCAUGUGCAAAGGCCACUGGUUUCGUGUAUGGUGGACACGACUGAGAAAAAUGUGCAUCCACCAACAGGAAACUCUUUAUUCCAUAAUCAUCAUAGCCAUCACAACCACAACUCAGUAGGGAAGCAAGUUCCAAACUCCACAAAUGCUAAUCUCAAUAAUGCUAACAUGUCCAAGAUGGUAAACAGAAAACAUGGAAGCACUGGAAGUCAUGAACGUAUGUCAGAAACUGGGAGCCAUUCAUACUCCAGAAAAGAACACCGUGAACAACGUAGACGAUCAUCCAAAAAGAGCAGAGCUCGUUAUUAUGAAACUUACAUUAGGUCAGACUCGGGUGAUAGACAUUUACCUACAAUUUGCCGAGAAGAACAUGAAAUUAGAGAUUAUUAUAAUGAUGAUUGCUAUCUGGAUGAUCAGGAAUAUUUUAGUGGUGAUGAGUAUUAUGAAGAAGACAGUAUGUUGUCAGGAAACUGGCAUUCUCACGAUUACCAUAGCACAUAUCACUGUAAUGAUUUAGAUUUUGAACGGCCAAAGGGUUAUCAUCACCCACAUGGUUUUUUUGAAGAAGAUGACUCACCCGUGUAUUAUGAUUCCAAGAGAUCUCCUAGGAGACGGCUGCUACCUCCAACACCUACAUCCAAUCGCCGCUCUUCCUUUAAUUUUGAAUGCCUCCGCAGGCAGAGCAGUCAUGAUGAAUUACCACCUUCCCCUACCUUUCAUCAGCGCACUGCUUUACCUCUGCAUUUAAUGCAACAGCAGGUCAUGGCGGUUGCAGGUCUGGAUGCCACUAAAGUACAUAGGCAUUCUCCAAGUCGCUCAACACGUUCCUGGGCUACACCACCUAACCGGGACCGCACUCUUUAUUAUACACCUCUUAUACAAGUUGAUCAACCAGAUUCUACAGAAUAUAUGAAUGGUAGCCUGCCAUCUUUGCAUAGGAGCUCCUGGUAUACCGAUGACCCUGAUAUUGCAUAUCGGACAUUUACACCAGCUAAUUUGACUGUACCAAGUGACUUUAGGCAUAAGUAUAGUGACAAGCAGAGAAGCGCCGACAGUUUAGUAGAAGCGGUGCUUAUAUCUGAAGGAUUAGGACACUAUGCAAGGGAUCCAAAGUUUGUUUCUGCAACAAAACAUGAGAUUGCAGAUGCUUGUGACAUGACUAUUGAUGAGAUGGAAAGUGCUGCAAGCCACCUUCUCAAUGGAGACAUUAGCAAUGGAACUAACGGUGACAUGUUCCCUAUUUUAAAUAGACAAGAUUACGAACUUCAAGAAUUUGGUCCUGGCUUUAGUGAUGAAGAGCCAGAUACUGGAAAAUAUGAAGAAGACUUAUCUGAUGAAAUGAUAUGCAUUACAACCUUAUAGUAUUUAGUGAGGGGAAAAAAUGUUUGAUUUUAAACAAACAGAAGUGCCUCCUAGUUCUAUGCUAGGCACUAGUUGGAAUCAAUAAGGAAUCAAGCUUUGCAUGAGUGAUGAUAUUGUCAUGUUGUGAGGAAGCCAUACUUUUC